UGGCGGUCUCCCCCCUCACCCGCCCUCCCUUCCACCCGCCCAGUCUCAAGCGCUCUUCCUGGUUUAAUAUACUGUCAAGACGACCGCCUCCAACAAGAUAAUUGUAAAGUAGCUAUAAAGUUUUAAAACAGAUAGAUGACGGAGGCAUGAGUGGUAUUCCUGUACAUAGACGAACCCACCGAAUUCUGUUACCAAUUAAAACUAAUUCGCAAACGAAUGAGAAGUUUAAUGCAGACAACUGUCAGAAAGCCAAAACAGGUCGACUUAAUCUCGCUAUCUUACGUUAGCUAGUCUGCUAACGCUAGUUAACCAUAUUUUAAGACAUCGAAACGAAGACACCGCCAGAACAGCUAGCAGCAGGUGCGGGAGCUAGCUAGUUGCAAAACUAGCCAGCACACUUGCCUGGGUAUUGAAAACGAUUUAUAAGCACUGGUGUUACUCCUAAAACAACCAUGGAAGACAAGGACAAAGUACAGAUGAGGAAUAACCCACGCAGGCAGCUGAAGAAGCUGAGUGAAGACAGUCUGACCAAGCAGCCAGAGGAGGUCUUCGACGUGCUGGAGAAGCUCGGUGAAGGGUCCUAUGGCAGUGUGUUCAAGGCCCACUAUAAGGAGACAGGGGAGAUUGUGGCCAUCAAGCAGGUUCCUGUAGAGUCAGACCUGCAAGAGAUCAUCAAGGAGAUCUCCAUCAUGCAGCAAUGUAACAGUCCCCAUGUGGUCAGGUACUAUGGAAGCUACUUCAAGAACAGCGACCUUUGGAUCGUCAUGGAAUUCUGUGGUGCUGGCUCGGUCUCAGACAUCAUACGGCUACGUAACAAAACGUUAACAGAGGAUGAGAUAGCAGCUAUCUUCCAGUCUACGCUGAAGGGACUAGAGUACCUCCACUUCAUGAGGAAGAUCCACAGAGACAUCAAGGCUGGCAACAUCCUGCUCAACGCCGAGGGGCAGGCCAAGCUGGCCGACUUCGGAGUGGCAGGACAGCUCACUGACACCAUGGCCAAGCGUAACACGGUGAUCGGCACGCCCUUCUGGAUGGCCCCCGAGGUGAUCCAGGAGAUCGGCUACAACUGCGUGGCAGACAUCUGGUCCCUGGGGAUCACCGCCAUCGAGAUGGCCGAGGGCAAGCCCCCCUAUGCAGACAUCCACCCCAUGAGGGCUAUCUUCAUGAUCCCCACCAACCCCCCGCCCACCUUCAGAAACCCAGACUCCUGGUCAGAACCCUUCAGAGACUUCGUCACCCAGUGUCUGGUGAAGAACCCGGAAAAACGGGCCACAGCCACCCAGCUGUUACAGCACCCGUUCAUCAAAGCAUCCAAGUCCAGCAGCAUCUUGCGAGCGCUGAUCACAGACGCCAUGGAGAUCAAGCUGAAGAAGCAGGAGGCCGAGGAGAGGGAGCAGGACGCCGAGGACGACGACAACUCUGAUGAGGACGAUGUGGACCAGGGCACGAUGGUGCGGGCAGGGACAGGGGUGGACACCAUCAAGGCGGCGGGCUCGCUGGCCAGCUCCCUGGGGGGCACGGCGCGGACCAUGAUCGAGCACGGGGACACGGGCACCAUGGUGGACACCCAGCUGGGCACCAUGGUCAUCAACUCUGACGAGGAGGACGAGGUGGAGGGAGGCACCAUGAAGAGACGGGACGACACGAUGCAGCCGUCCAAGCCCUCCUUCCUGGAGUACUUUGAGCAGAAGGAGAAGGAGGCCAACAACCACCAGCAGGCAGGAGAGCAGGGCCACAACGCAGACAACCGCAAGCUACCAGCAGAGGGCGACCUGGAGGUGAUGCGUUCGUGGAGUGUGGAGGACCUGCGUGUGCGCCUGGCCUCCCUGGACCCCCAGAUGGAGCAGGAGAUUGAGGAGAUCCGCCAGCGCUACCAGGCCAAGAGGAGGCCCAUCCUGGACGCCAUCGAGGCCAAGAAGCGACGCCAGCAGAACUUCUAACCCACGCACCCAAACCCCCCCAGCACAGGCACUGUUGGAUUGCACUGGACUCAACUGGGUCUGGUCUGAACUAGACUGGAGAUGAGACUAGACCAGACUCUGUAGGAUCUUGGUCACCUGACACUGGGCAGUUGGAGCUCGAUGCCUCUGUGGUUCCCAGCCUCCUGGGCCAGUUACUUCCCUCGAACCCAACCGCUUAACUCCAAAACAUGCAUGUUCCUGCAUUAAGUUAUUCAGAUGACCGUUUGAGGGCACGUCAGACCUUUUUAAAGUAUUCCUCCUCUUCAAUGACGUGGUUGCACAUUCUUAGUUUGCCUUCCUCUAUUGGUACGCAUUGAUCAAUGUGUUGCUUUAUGUCUGUCCACUUAACACUGUAGCAUAGCUUGCCUGGCUUUCAUGGAUUCAGUUUAAGCUGAAUCACCUACCAGCGGAAAAAAAAAACGGUUUAAGGGAAACAUUUACCUAAUUUACUGUACCUUUUUGUGCCUCAUUUAAUCUGUUAAUUUGUUCUCAUCACCCAUGUGUGAUUUGGUACUUAUUCAGCGAUACUUUUAAAAAACAUUUUAUUUGUGACUCAUCUUGAUCACGGCUGCCUAAAGGAACACGGGAGGAGAGCAGGAACUCCCAGACAAAGCAGCAACCGUAGAGACCACAGCAACAUCAGCUCCAUGUCAGUAGCUAAGCACUUCCCCAAGGGACCCAUCCCAAUUAUGAGAAACACGGAGCUUCGUCUUCUCAGCAAGUCAUUUAGUGAUGGCUCAGUGGAAGACAAAUGUGGGGUGUGUGUGUGUCCGUCUCCAGUUCCAAUAAAAAAAAAAACAAGUUACAAACAUCGUUUUAGGCUUAAAGGACUUGAGAGAACUGCUUUGAUCAGGUGUUUGACCUCCCUGUUUCACCUCAGCGUCACCAGACGCAGAGACAUAUCUAUAUCUGUCUCAAACACCGCGGCAACAUUCCACACAGCAGCUCCCACUUAUUUUUAUAUUGUUCAAAACAUUUGGUAUUCAUCCAGUUAUUCCAUGCAUAGAUGGAUUAUAGUUAUGUUUUUCUAUCUCGGAUAGUAGUUACAGACAGACUAGUAAGAGGAGCGUCAGGGAAAGUUUGUGCUUUUUUUUGUUUGAUGUACUGAAAUAUACAUAUAAGUGCAAACUAGGGUUACACUCAAUUCUGUUUGGCCCUGUUGCUAAUCUUCAGACACUCCAAUUCUGUCCGCAAACCGCUGACGGUAACUCUGUGAAUUAAAUGGUUGUGGAUAGAGUUAAUGUGAUGUCUAGUGGAUAGAGUUAAUGUGAUGUCUAGUUGGAGUUUGUUUGGCGUUCGUCAAGAGUGUUCACAUUCUAAAGACCCUCUAUAGACGUCUAUAGAUUCUCUAUCAACUGUCUACUUGGCCUGUACAAUCUAUACUCUCUUUAGACCAUCUACAGACUUCCCUCUCGAACCUGUAAACCCUGUAUAGACAGUUAAUAGACCCUCUAUAGAUCUAUAGUUAUGUGGAGCCACUCCAGACAGUGUUAUACAAACUAGCCUCUCAGGGCCUCGUGUCUCAGGUGUGUACAGUGAUAACUCAACUAGGCUUAUUACCCAUGAUCCUCUGCUCCCCAGCCUACAUUUGACAAGCACAAUUCACUUCUCUGGAAAAAGGUUACUGAAAAAAGGGGAAUUAUUUGUACUGCCUUAUCUUGUCCAUAUACAGGUCUUCUCUGUGCUUGCCUUGAAAUAGUGGCUUCUCCAGAUAGUAUCGUGGUUUUGUUAUGAGUUGAAACAAUUGAGUUAUUUUUAUAAAUCCUCUUAAGGUUUAACAUAUGGUUUGAUAUUCUGUAUAUGUACAGUAAUUGAUCUAUUUUUGAUUUGGGUUGAAGUUCAUUGUUAAGUUGUGUCCAGGUUAUAUUAUGUGGGAUGGGCUAGUUCAUCCUAUCCAAGCCCACUGAAGUAGCAAUCACUGGAAAGAAGAUUUCUGCAAUGUGAAUGAAUGAAGAACUGGUAUUAGCUACCCAUCUUUUCAUUCCUUGGACAAAAAAAUGAACUGAGAUGUACUUACAAUCCAUGCCUUAAAUUAUGCAACAGAGGUCCUGAAUUUGUUUUGAUGUCAGAGUUGAGAUCUCUCUGGUUUCAGUCAGUUUAAAGCUGAUAGGAUGAACAAGUUCACCUCCUGAAAACCUGAACUGAAACCGAAUUGUCUCAAUCCCUGGGUCAAAUCACAGUUUGAAUUGUUUGUUGUUUGCCUAUUAAUAAAAUGAAAUAAAGAUUUUAAAAGGGA